AUGCUGUUUAUAUUUAUUGUUCUCCUUAUUUUUUCUGCUGUUUGUGUGCUGGUUUUUUUUAGUGGAAUAGAAAAAAUGGUUAUAGAGUAUCUUAAUUCUGCAGACACGCAGCGUCUGAUUGAGUUUCUUGGUGACGGAAAACUCAAGUUUUCUGUGCUUGAAAAGUCAUUUAAAGAAGCCUUUCCAAAGGAUACUCAUUUUAAUGUUUCUAGAGCCAUUCAGCAACUGGUUCAGAGUAUGAUCAAAUCAGGAGAAGGUGUAGGCAUUGUGUCCUCCUUCUUUACUUUGGACAUCAUGUGCAAAAUGGAGUGUGAAACAGCCAAGUGUGUGUUCUACGAUGCACUUCUGGAAUUAGAACGAGUCAUGCGGCAAGAUGUCUGUUUUACGGAGCAAAUCAAGUAUGCAUCUAAGGAAACAAAGGAGGGGAAAAAAUCUCUUGAGGCGAUCAAUGCGGAGAAGUAUCGUUUUCACUGUGCAGCAAAGGGUUUUGCUUUUCGAUUACUUGCAAACAAGGUUUCUCUGGAUGAAACAUCGCUUGCGGUACUUUAUGAUAAACAAGAACAAAUUGAUGCAGCGUUGAACGCAUGGGAAAUCAACAGUCUACAACUAAAGGAAUCCAUUGCCAAUAUUGCUCACUGUUGGACUCAAGAUGUCGAAAAGAAUUCAUGUGAGGCACUGUCAAAAAACUCGGCGAUUUUUGAUUCUGGAGUCCGCGCAGCUUUGUUAUUGCAAGCGGCACGACCACAACUUCCUUCCCUUCCUUUGGUAUCAGGUGAACUGCAGUUUCUAACCCCCGGAGGUUCCCCCGGGAGUGAUUUACUGUUUUUUGACACUGAACCAGUUACUGAAGAGUGGAAGCUGUCAAAAAAGCUGAUUGCAUUGAGCUGUAACAGUCUGUUAAACAAGGAGGAACAACAGCAACUCAUUCAUACACUUUCCUCUGGUGAUUUGUUUCAUCGACUUGGAAUAAACAUCGAAUUGCUCAGUCUUAUGGCUAUUCACAAUCCAGAUUUAAGCGCCGCUUUAAUACUGAAACUUCCUCCCCAGGAAGGUAGUCAAUGCAUUCAGCAAAUUCUAAAGAGUUCUGUUUCUCCCGAGCAUGCUGAAACCGUUCUUCUGCAUGCAUCAAAGAUCCUACAACAAGUGAAUAUUCGUGCCUAUAUCAAUGGGAAACUACAUCUUUUUAAGGAGAAAGCAACCUUGUCUACUAGUGACAAGAAUUCAAUAAAAAGCUUUAUCAUGACUCUUUAUCAGUUGGUGACUAAGGCUUCAAAAGAAAACAAAGAGGUGUACAUUGCAGAGACGCUGAAGAGCGACAUCACACACUUGUGUGAAAGGUGCGAUCUCCCAGAGGUAAGCGCAAGAUGGGAAGAACUGAAGUAA